AUGUCGGCGCCGGAGCUCAUUGAGCUGCGGGACCUGGGCCCCGCGCGCCGCACCCGCCUGGAGCGCGCCAACGCGCUGCGCAUCUCGCCCGGCCCCGCGCGCAGCCCGGCCAGAGCGCCGGCCCCGGGCCGCGGCCACCGCUUCCAGCCCGCGGCGCCCGCCACGCACACGUGGUGCGACCUGUGCGGGGACUUCAUCUGGGGCGUCGUGCGCAAGGGCCUGCAGUGCGCGCACUGCAAGUUCACCUGCCACUACCGCUGCCGCGCGCUCGUCUGCCUGGACUGCUGCGGCCCGCGGGACCUGGGCUGGGAGCCGGCGCUGGAGCGGGACACCAACGUGGACGAGCUCGUGCAGUGGGAGACACCUGACCUCUCUCAGGCUGAGACUGAGCAGAAGAUCAAGGAGUACAAUGGCCAGAUCAACAGCAACCUCUUCAUGAGCCUGAACAAGGACGGCUCCUACACGGGCUUCAUCAAGGUGCAGCUGAAGCUGGUGCGGCCGGUCUCCGUGCCGGCCAGCAGGAAGCCGCCCAGCCUGCAGGACGCCCGGCGGGGCCCGGCGCGGAGCGCGGCCGUGAAGCGCCGCACCUCCUUCUUCCUGCCCAAGGACGCCAUCAAGCACCUGCACGUGCUGUCCCGCACGCGGGCGCGCGAGGUCAUCGAGGCGCUGCUGCGCAAGUUCUCGGUGGUGGACGACCCCCGCAAGUUCGCGCUCUUCGAGCGGGCGGAGCGCCACGGCCAAGUGUACCUCCGGAAGCUGUCAGAUGACGAGCAGCCCCUGCGGCUGCGGCUCCUCGCCGGGCCCAGCGAGAAGGCCCUGAGCUUCGUGCUGAAGGAGAAUGACUCUGGGGAGGUGAACUGGGAUGCCUUCAGCAUGCCCGAGCUCCACAACUUCCUGCGCAUCCUGCAGCGGGAGGAAGAGGAGCACCUGCGCCAGAUCCAGCACAAGUACUCCCGGUGCCGCCAGAAGCUCCAGGAGGCCCUGCACGCCUGCCCCCUGGGGUGA